UUAUUCAAUAAAUUUCAACAAGCUAACAAAGAACAUUCUAAUUUUUAUAAAAAUUUUGUUGGUUUGAUUGUCGAUAGUCAAAAUUCGAAACUACAAAUUUGGAGCUGGAGUAAUAAUUUCAGCAUCGAUAAGGAAUCCACAUUAAAAUAUUAUCGAUAUGUACUCAAUGCUGCGCUGGCCAUUACGUUUGCUUACGCUGGGCAGAAGUCGCGAAGGUAGUACAUUAAGUUUAGCAGUACAGCAGCCAAAGUCAACUUUUAUCAAUAAGAUGGAUGGGAAAAAGGCAUUGAUUAUCCUGGCACCAGGUGCCGAAGAAAUUGAGUUCACCAUUGCGGCGGAUGUAUUACGCCGUGCGGGCAUUAAUGUGACGGUAGCUGGUCUGGAAGGCAGCGAACCAGUCAAAUGUUCGCGUGAUGUGAUCAUUGUACCGGAUAAAUCAUUGGAGGAUGCCGUUACAGAUGAGGUAUAUGAUGUUAUUGUUUUGCCUGGCGGCCUGGGCGGCUCGAAUGCCAUGAGCGAUUCGAAGGCCAUCGGCGAACUGCUGCGUACGCAGGAAUCGGCAGGGCGUCUGAUCGCAGCCAUCUGCGCAGCACCUACAGCGUUAGCCAAGCACGGCAUUGCGACUGGCAAAUCCUUGACUUCGUAUCCCGCUAUGAAGUCGCAGUUGGUUGAUAAAUACUGCUAUGUGGACGAUCAAAAUGUCGUUCAUGAUGGAAAUUUAAUAACCAGUCGUGGACCCGGCACAGCCUACGAGUUCGCCUUAAAAAUAUCUGAACAGCUCGCGGGCACAGCCAAAGCAGAUGAGGUAGCCAAAGCUAUGCUGUUGACUUUCCAUUAAAUUAUUGAAAUGAUAUUAAUCUCUUUAAAAUACAGAAGUGAUAAUUAAAUAAAGUUUGAAUAGAAAACAA